GGUCAUUCGCUUCCGAACCGGGCCCGAUAGCCCGUGGAACGAAUAACCGGGUGACCCCCUGCCAGCCAUAGCCAUAUAUAGAUACCCCUAUCCGGUUCACAGUCAGGUAUCAUCAACUCGACCAGCCUGACACCAUCGCCCACAUCACAGUAGCUAGACUAGAUUCAAGCAUGCCCCAACUCGCUUCCACCUCUGGCAAACAAGCCCUGGACGACCUUCUACAGUCGUCGGUCGACUCGCGCGAGGUCCCCGCCGUCUUCUUUGGGGUGACCAACGCCGAGGGGACGUUGUACUCGAACUGUGCGGGAGAGAAGCGGUUUGGGGACGAAUCUCAGGGGCAGGUGGAUGAGGAUACUACUCUGCAGUUGUUCUCUUCGACCAAGUUGUUGACGACCAUCGCCUGUCUGCAACUACUCGACCGCGGUCUAGUCACCCUGGACGACCCAGACCUUAUCGAGACCCAUUUGCCGGAACUUGCCUCGCUCCGGGUCCUUAAGGGGUAUAAAGAUACUAGUACCGACGAUGGAGAUGGUAAGGGUGGAGGGGAACCUAUUUGGGAGGAGCCGAAGACGAAGAUUACUUUGAGGAUGUUGUUGUCACAUACUUCCGGCAUGGGAUAUACGUUCAACUCCCCCGACCUGGACCGCUGGACGAAAGAGACUUCCCACCCAUCGUUCCUCGGCCCAAAAGCUUCCAUCGACUCGUACGCACUCCCAUUAGUCUUCGAGCCGAAGACCCAAUGGCAUUAUUCCGUGGGGAUCGAUUGGGCUGGACAUCUCGUACAUCGCCUAACCCAUCUUUCCUUGGAAGAAUAUUUCAAAGAACACAUCUUCAAGCCAUGCGGGAUGGAGAGUACGUCGUUUUACCCGACGGAGGAGAUUAGGAGGGAGGCUAUGGCGGUCACUUACCUCGACCCAACUGAGGGGAAAAUUAAGAGUUAUCCUGAUAAUUAUGGGUCGUUGCAUUAUGCACGACCGGAAAGGCCGGAGGAGGUUGGGGAGUUGGCAGGUGGAGCGGGGUUGUUCGGGACAGCUAAGGAUUAUUUGGCCUUCUUGAGGGGGGUUCUGGCGUGUGAUCCUUCUCGACAAAGCACCAGCGAUGAUAAUGGGACCUCGAAGUUGAUCUCGGGAGAAUCUUUCCGAGAACUCUUCAACGAUUCCAUCCCCCGCACGGUCCCCAAAACAGGCUUACUCUCGAUGAUGCAACGGCAGACGUAUCACGACCCGACUUAUACCCUGGAAGAGGUCGGGCAUAGCGUAGGGCUGUGUUUGAACUUCCGGGAUUCGAAGUAUGGGAGGAAGGCUGGGUCGGGGUGUUGGGAUGGGGCGGCGAAGACGCAGUAUUGGUUGGACCCUGUUAGUGGGAUCGCGGGCGUCUGUUUCACGAACAUCUUCGCUCAGAACCCUAACCCUUUCAUGGACCUGUACACCAAGUUUGAGAGGACGGUGUAUGACCACCUCGAGUAGAGAAAGACGCCUUGAUUUGUCUUUGUAUACGGGUUGUGAAAAGCGGAAAGGGCAGACUAUGUCGUCGGGAUGAUUAAAAUCGUUGUAUUCAGUCGAGUUCGAGUGCCCGCGGAAGUCGAGAUCUAGUCGACAGUCGAUAGAUGUCCACCAGCACUCGAGGAGCUAGGAGACAGCCAG